AAGAAGAAGAAGAAGAAGUAACAAAGGAGAUCGAUCACGAAGAUGAAGUGCUGGACAACAAGUUUGUCGGGGCAGAAAAACAAACACGCAGUGAAAUUGAGCCAACUGAAGCUCGAAUUAGGACUCUUCGGAGCGAGGGUGGGUGCCUCAAACAACAGGGUGGUUAUUGAGAUAACAGGGAUAGCUAGAAAGAAAGAGAAACCUUGUUCUUCUUCUACAUGUUCAAACCCAACAACACCUUUCUCAUCACUUGUUCCCUUUCAUCGUUCCCCAAAAGGAAAAUGCAGUCACACCACCUCCAGUCAUAGAUUCCUAUGUACCAAAGCGCCUUCUCUCGUAUGGGACGAUCGCGACCUAUGUGGUUUUCAUCUCCCCCUCAAAGAUGGUUUCUGCGACAUCACGUUUCAUGUCUUCUAUGGAGAGGGUGCUGCAGGAGAAUCCAAAGGUAAAAUGACGGUGGCCGGAAAAGUUUCCAUGAGCAUUGCCAUGGCGGAGUUGCUGACGAAGACGGACUCCGAUUCUCAUCAUCCAUUUCAAAGAAGACUUCCAAUCAAAUUGAAGGUCAAUGGUUUAUUCAUCGAAGCUACCCUUUCGGUCUCUGGGAGGUUAUUGAAGCUGAGGAAUUCUCAUGAUGAUGAUUCGCCAGGACACUUUGAAAGCUUGGUCCAGUCACAGAAAAAACACGGGAUUAUAGGGAGAGUAAAGAAGUAUUUGGCGAGCUUGACGAAGAAAAAUAAUGACAAGUUUGACCAUGCGGAACAACCGAGUCCUUAUGAAUCGGAUGGCUCUCCCGUAUUUGACUCAGAUGACUCGUCGAAUGAGUCAACAACAAGCAGUGGUAGUGGCAGUGGCGGGUACGGUAGAAAUCACAACGCAGGGUUAAGACUUACAAUCGGGUCUGAGAGGUUUACGAGCUCAGGGACAAAGACCCGUUUGGACACAGUGCAAAAGAAUUGGUCACAGUUGCCAUUGAAUAGAAGCUUCAAGGGAUGGAACUUUAAGACAGACACAAGCAAACAAGAAACCUUAACCACUCAUUCAGGUCCUUCCGCGAAAUCAGAUGAACUUUCUCUACAUUUAUACCUUCAAGGAGGUGCAAGUAACUGGGAAAUCAAGAAAAUUUCAAGCAGAGAUGGGCGAGCAAAGCUCAAAACCAAUGUUUUUUUCGCUUCCUUUGACCAACUGAGUGAGCAAGCCUGUGGUGAGGGUGCGUGCACGGUCUUAGCUUCUGUCACAGCACACUGGCUCCAUUCCAACCAUGAUAUGCCAACAAGAGCACAAUUUGACAGCCUCAUCAGACAAGGUUCAUUUGAAUGGAGAAGGCUGUGCAACAUUGACUGCUACUCGAAGCUGUUCCCAGAUAAACAUUUUGAUCUGGAGACGAUCAUAGAAGCCAAUCUGAGACCUCUCAUUGUUCUGCCUCAGAAAUCAUACACGGGGUUUUUCUCCCCUGAGAAGUUCCAUUGCUUGAAAGGAGCUAUGUCCUUUGAUGAGAUUUGGGAUGAGAUAAACGGCAAGGUUGUUGAUUCCGAGCCAAGAAUUUACAUAGUAAGUUGGAACGAUCAUUUCUUUGUUCUGAAGCUAGAAGCAGAUGCUUACUAUAUCAUUGACUCGUUGGGUGAGAGACUUUUUGAGGGGUGCCAACAGGCAUUCAUAUUAAAGUUUGAUGAUUCGAGUGUUAUGUAUGCCCCUUCAAAGGGUGCAAAAAGUAAUGAAAGCCUUGAGAUAAUUUGCCGUGGAAAAGAGUGCUGUAAAGAGUUUAUCAAACGCUUUCUCGCUGCCAUACCACUUAGGCAACUAGAGAAGGAGGAGAAGAAAUGGAAUGUUUCAAGUCCCUAUCUUCAUCGGCAAUUGCAGAUUGACUUCCAUUAUAGUUCUUCAUCAUCCUCGUCCACUUCAGCUUCUUCUUCUCUGUUGUCUAUCUUAACAAGUGGAUCUUUAUAAGUCUAAUUACCUAGCCAAGCAUUAGUUUCUCGGUCUUGUGGACUAGGAAGACAUUCACCACGGCCUUGUGACCCAAUCAGCUAGCAUGUGCUAAAUCUUUGAAGACCCUGGCCUUGUAGCUGUAGGAUGCUUUUAAACCUUGCGUGUUUCAAAAUGUCUCCUGUCGCAUGCUAGGUAGACAUCAUGGACCAUAUUUAAAAUUGAGUCUCGACUACAAAAUGGUGGCAGGAAUGUUUUCUGCUUGGUUGACCUUGAGCAAAUUAAGAAACUCGGUUUUGGCAACUUUUAAGCCUUUAAAAACCAUGCUAUUUUACUCAAAUUGAAGAUCAAGAACAAUAUGUAAGCAUUAUU